GCAAAGUCCACCAAAGUACAUGUGCCUACUUUAAAACUUUUAACACGGAAAUGUUUUGACGAGUUGUUUGCCUACAGGCGAAAAGAAGCCCCGGUAUUAGCUUCAUGUGGUCAGAGUAUGCUAUCGUUGAGUAUGCUAGUUGUCGCUGAGCUAGCAGUAAAGCAUGCCAGUAUGUUACAUCGGUUUAUUCUGAGGGCACCGGGCCGACUUAAACACAUGAGAAGAUAAAAUAUGUUUGUGGAGCAGCAAGCUCAGAUGCAGUAGCACCAGCUGCAGCGAUGGCUGCCAUCUACUCAGGUAUCCAUCUGAAACUGAAGAGUCCUCAGACUCCGUGGGAGGACAAGUUAAAGUUGGCACGAUUUGCCUGGAUCUCUACUCAGUGCCUGCUUCCCAACAAGGAACAGGUACUGUUGGAUUGGUGCACCCAUGCUCUGACAGGCUGGUACAAUCAGAAAGUGGAGUUUUCUCAGAAUGUUUUGGAAGGACUGUGGUGUUACCUGGAUGAUCUGCUUCACAGCAGAAAGCUCCACACUCUUCUCAAGCAGGGCAAGACCAUCAGCCUGAGGCUCAACAUGGCACAGCUGCUGCUUGAGCGUCUCCAGGAGUGGGCGUGUGUUGAUUCCAAGUCGCCACUGUGCGCGUCCACCAUACUGAGUGUGUGUCAGGGUCUUCUCUCUUCUCCUGCACUCUCAUCCGUCUUCACCACCAAGUAUGAGCUCAUGGUCAGUCUCCUGGCGAAGCUCUGCUCUCUGGCCUGCCGGGAGCUCCAACAGCCAUUACUCACAUCCUCACCCCUAAUGGCUGAAUCCGAAGAUGAGGUGAUGACUGAGUGUCUUAAAACUCAGCCCAUUAGCGACUUGGUCCCUUCCCAAGUUGAGCCAGUGACUGAAAGUCCUCGAGAUCAGCCAGAACUAGAUGCUGAUAAACUCCCCUCCAAGCCAAAGGAAAACCUCCAGUCUGCUACUUUGUUUGACGUUUUGCUUCAGGUGCUUACGUGUUAUCUGUCAGUUCAGCGACAACAAGCUAAUCCCAACAGAGUCUUUACUAUGGUAACCAAUCAGCUGAUCCAGACGUUAGUACUUCUGAGACACCUGCUCACUUCCGGGGAAUUUGCACCUUCUCACACACAUCUACGUCUGCAGCUGUGCAGAGACAUCCGCAUCAAGAUAGACUCUAUCGUUCAGUUGGCUCUCUUCCCCUCUGAGCACCUGACCUCAUACAAGGAGGAGCUUCUUCCAUCUAAAGAGGAUUCUGGGAAACGUGGUCCUGGAGGAGCGAAAGGCCUCUUGAAGCCAGUCAGUACCAUUCUUUCCAAACUAAGUGCUCAGGGCUAUUGUGAGCCAGCCCUACACUACAGUGUGAAGUCAAACACGUUAUCUCUGCUGUUUAAGUUCUUUCUGGAAAGCUACGCAAAAGGGAGAGGAGAAAAUGAAGAAGCACACAGGAUGCUGUGUUUCUAUUUCCUCACCAGGUUGGUCCCAAUCCUGGACAUAGGCCUUGAUGGACAAUCUUCCUCACCUGCCAAAGCAGAUCAAUCAGUCUCUGUGUCUCCUGGGCCUAAGUCUCCCUCAGCCUCCUUCUGUUCCCCAGAGAGCUGGAGCCUGGCUCUGCUGGCUGUGGAGUCCCUGCUGAGCCAGGCUCUGUCUGCUGGUAUUUAUAACGUAGCAGCAGAUAGGAUCAGACAUGGAGAAGUCCAGCUCAACUUUUACGGAGCCGUGGGACAAAUGCUCUUCAACCAGGCCCAGUCAAGCAUCCCAGCAUGGUACCGCUGUCUAAAGGUGUUGUUGAGUCUUAACCAUCUGAUCCUUGAACCAGACCUGGACGAGCUGUUGUCAUCAGCCUGGGUCAAUUCUGGAUGCAUGGAAGCACGAGUGCAGCGGGCCCGACAGGCUAUGGUGUACAGUCUCCUCCAGACCUACACUAAGCUCCGUCAGCUGCCUCGCCUCUUCUCUGAGCUCUUGUCUGUGAUCUGUCAGCCAGCCCUGGACCACCCCCGACCUCCUCUGCUGUCUGACGGCACCUCUGCCAUGCUCAGAACUUGUCUUCUGGACACUCCUCCCUCCCAAGGCCUAGAGAUCUGCUCAUCAGUGUUGGAGAGCAUCAGGAGGUAUAUACCACCUGAGCUGGUGAAGGAGGAAAGAGGGGCAGAGAAAAUGGAGAUUGAUGGAGGAGGAGAGAAAGGGACGAAUAAAGAACUGAACAUUGACCAGGAGAGAGAUGAUGCAUCUCUGAAGCUGUUUUCCCUCAGCCAACUGCUUCAUGUUGUUUUGUUCAGUCUGAAGACUCUUGACAACGCCUCUCCGCUUCCCAUUGUCAGGAAGAGUCAGGGCAUGAUGGAGGAGAUGCAACAGGUCGUGGAGGAGCUACUGCCUCUGCUGUCAACCAAAGAGAAGGCUGUAAAAACAAAUACAAGUUCAGUUCAGAAGACCCCGAGGAAAGGCAAAAAGAAUUUAGACCAGAAAGAGCCAGAGAAGCUCUCAGAGUCUAAAACGGGAACUCUGUGGGAACGGAACACCGAGGAGGCCGCUCUCCUCCUCAAAUACACCUUGGUGGAAGUCGACACACUCUUCCAUAUCCACUGCACCAAAUACACACCUAUAGACUCAGCCCGAUCAGGAGCGCAGAGUGAGGCUGAAGGAUGUGCACCAGUCCCAACCCUUCUAGAAAGUCUACCACCAUCCUGCAGCCCCAUGAGCUGUUUGCUGCUCAAACUCCUCACUUUACAGCAGAUGAAGAAAGUUUUGCUAGAUACCCCCUUACCUUCUGAACCCGGCGCUGCCGUACUUCUAAGCAAGGCAGCCCAGUUUAUUUUAGUGAAAUCAGAGUUUGAGGUGAGUCUGGAGGGAGAGCAGGUAUGGGACGGGCAGAUAGGGAGCGUGAAUGCCGACUCCUACCUUGUAGCACACUGGUAUCUUAUCACAUCCAAUUUGCCUUUGAUUGUUCCCUACCUGAGCAAAGAUGAUGUGGGACAAGUAGCAGAUGCUCUUGUCAGUUCCCUCCUCAGCAGACAGACAGAUAAAGGUACAGAUCGGCCGCCCGGCUGUCUGACUGUCUCUGCCAUAUCUUCACAGCUUCUCCAAAGCCCUGUACUUAUCGAGUUGCCUUCUCUGUUCUCUGCCACAGUCCAUUCCCUCACACAAAGUAUCAUCGGGGUCCUCAAGGACGCACCUGCACCUACAGUUUGUUCUACGCUCCUGAAGUUUCAGGAGAAAGCAAACUCUUCUGAAGGAAACAAAACUAUAGUUGAGGAUAUAUUGGCAUCCUCAAAGACCGGAGAGGGUGUUGUAUCUCUGACUCACGCACAGAGCCAGACAUUAGCCAGCUUACUCCAAAUCUUAACACACCUAAACCCAGAUGGGAUGAACUCUGAGGAUCUCUCUUCUGUUUUCCUCCUUCUCCUCUUCAUCCUCACCUCCACCACCAGGCAGUCAGAGCAGAUGACUGUGAACCCUCCUGAAUCUGGAGAUGAUGCCGUCUUCCUAGCGAAUCUGCUGAGAACGCUGAGUUGUCUCCUGGAGGGUAGAAACUUUCAAAGUGUUUUGAAACUCAUCCAUGGUGGCGCUCUGCUGCAAACUGUAGCGUCUUCUCUCCUCUGGCACAGCAACAAUGGAAGAUUUCGAGCCACACGCAACCCUGAUUGGUUAGAUUUGAUCAAAGCAGUUCAGGCCUACAUCAAGUGCUCAGUCCAGUUGAUUAUAACCAGAAAAAGCAGUGUUCGACUCAACCUGGACCAGUUCGUAUCCUAUCUUACCAGUAAAGAAAUGGCAAGCAGACAAAUUUUGGGACGCAGUGCAGCAGUAAUGUCAGGUAAAGCCGACCCAGGAGCCUCCGUUUUGUCUGUUCAUCUCCUGCUGGCAUUGCUGUCCUCUUUCUGCCAGGCGUUAUCUUCUAACCUAGGAAAGAGUGAACAAAUGGAUCAAACUUUGAAGCAGAUGCUCACGAGAACGACUGCUUCGCUGGGACCAGCUGUUGAGUCCAUAAUGAACUCCCAGACUAUUAGUCAGCCAGCCAGCAACCUUGGUCAAGCCUUUGUAGUAGAAGUUGUCACGGUCAUGCUGCAGUGUGAACUGUCCUCACUCUCAGUUAAGGAAGAGAACAGGCCAAAGGACACCAAGCUGAGUCAAAUGAGCCUCUAUCAGGGCUUCUGCCAGCAGAUCCUUAAAGAAAUCAGUUCUGCCCACAGACCCAUGGACUUCCUGGUUUCCUCUCUCCAGUUCUUGUCUGCUUUCUACAAAGCAGUGAGGACGAUGGAGGAGCGACGAGAGGAGAAGACGGGAGGAAGGGAGUUGGAUGAGCUGUACAUGAGAAUACUGCAGACUGUUCACAGACUGCUGACAGCUUCUUGGCUGUCUUCGAAUGACGUUUGUGAGCUGGAGCCUGCAGUGGAUGAGCUGCUCCGCCACCUGGUGGAGAAAAGUACGACAGGCCAGUUCAACCUGCUGCUGCUGCUGAUCAGAGAAGGACUGGACACUGGCCAGCUGAGGGCAGGAAACUACAAGGAGGUGCUAGCUGCAGUAAUCAUCAUUAAGCUGCUGUCCGGUUGUCAGUUACCUCAGUCCUGCUCUAAAGCCCUGUGGCUCUUUGCACCACAGAUUAUAUCUGCUAUGGUGUUCUUAGUGAGAUCGUCCAGUCAGGAUGUCUCUCUGACACUUCCCUUCACUGUUCCCACGGUGAUGUCAAUGACAUCACUGGUGCGCCAUGGAGAGGGACUCAUCACCAACCCUCAUCAUGUGAUCUUGGUCCUUGGAGCGCUCCAGUCGGUGCCCCUCGAGCACUUAACCCCACCCGUCUAUCAGUCGACUUUCCUGGCUGUUCAUGAGGCGUUGUUUGCCAUCAUCCAGUGUCAUCCUCAGGUGAUGUUGAACGCUGCUCCGUCAUUCUUAAACGUCUUCCAUCGUCUGGUGGCAUCAAUCAUGCAGGAGGGUCGGCAGAGAGGAGACGUCGGUGUCACAGGUGCAGACAAUGACGUUUAUCUCCAGUGCUCCAGACUGAUAGAGAGGAUGUACUCUCACAUCGCUGCCACAGCAGAGAGCUUCACCGCGCUGUCAGCGUUCAUGGUGGCACAGUACGUCACGGAGCUGCAGAAGGUUACUCUGCGACCCGACAUUAAGCUGCAUCUAACAGAGGGGAUCUACAGGAUUCUGGACCUGUGUAUGGAGCAGGACACCAAGUUUCUGACGGCCGGACUGCAGAUGGGAGUCAGAGAGGUGUUCAACGAGCUGUACGGCAGCUACACCCACUACCACAAAGCCCAGAGGCAAGGAGAGGACAAGUACACAGUUUAACCGGCAACUACAGGCAUCGUCAACCUUUGGUGCAGUUUUCAUAUAAUAUUGUUAGAACAAAUUUAAAUAAAUGGAAAGACUGUUUAUGUGGUAUUUCUGCUUUUGAGUGGGAAAUCAGAUAUUACAGCUCAUGGAUACCAUGUGAGGAUUCAGGGUGUAAACAGUUAUCACUGACAAAGCUCUGCAUAGAUUUUUAUUUCUCCUUGGAGACAGUCUUUUGUAAAAAAAAAACAACACAACUGGAUAGUUUCUGCACUGCUUUGAAUUUGGCAUCUAAACACAGCACAAUAAUCAAUAUACAGACACAAUGAUAUUUCAAUAGAUGAAGCUGAAAAGAGUUAAAAGGAGGCAGGCCUGUGGUGUAUUGUUAACAGACCUACUGGCAUUAAAAGUACAGUUGCACUGCCUGAUCAACAGGAACAGCAGUUUUUUUUUUUCUCAGGAUGCACAGUGACUGACACAGUGAUGGAGUCAGUACAGGAAAUGUGUCUGAACUGAAGUGUUUCCUCAUCAGUGUGACCUCUGACUGCAACUGUUGUGAACGAUGUGUAAAAUGUUGUUUGUUUUCCAGUUUAAAGAAACUCUUUUUGAUCAGAUAUGAUUAUUAAUUAAUUGAAUUGCUGAGGAAAAUCUGGAUGUUAAUGUAUAAAUAAUGCUGUAUCUUUUCUAUAUUGCUGUUUUUCACCAAAACCUAAUGAUUUAACACAAGAUGUAUUCAAAUAUAAAGUUGUCUCAAGCCUGU